UUAAUGAAUUAAUCAUUCAACUGAGAUAUGCCUCGACAAUCGAUGUUAAAAUGUGCUCAAUUUACAGUACUCGUUUUUGCUCUGUUUGACUACAUAUCGGCUGUCAACAACCAUUAUGGAACAAUAUCAGUAGUAGGACCAGCUUUUGUGAACAGGGAGGUAACACUGAAAGCGACACCAUUCUACCCUUGGGGAUGUCACGUAGAGUGGAAAUACAUUAUUAACGGACAAACACAUGUUCGAGCAAUGGAUGAUGACUUUGCUACAAGAUAUUCGGAAGAUGAGUCAUUUUUUUUGAAAUGGAAGGCUACAGUUGCAUACAACAAAUCUGUCUUCUACGCCAGAUGUUCAACCAACACAACGAUUAAAACAAGCAUGGUAUCUUUAAAUAUUACAGAUAUUGUUGGACAAUGUGGAACUCUCGUGCUUUUAAACCAAGUUGUUCACGGCGCGGACAUCAAAUUAGGAUACUUUCCGUCUGACCUUUCUCUAUAUUACGAAACAUUUCUUACACGAACAUGGAAGAAGAACAGCGAAGAUAUAAAGCUACGCGAAAGUUAUUACGUAGAGGAAACAGUAUCUCCAUUUCUGUACACAUUAACGGUACCCAACUUUGAUAAAACAGAUGAGGGAUCUUAUACUUUAGAGUGCAGUCCAGCAGAAAUCACGGAUUACGUACAACUUUAUUUUCCAGAGCGACCGAGUUACCCAGUUCUCGGUCCAAAGUCCCCUGACUUUAAUACAACAGAAUGCAUUUAUGUUUAUGGAGGCUCCGACUUUUAUUGCAAAACUGAAAACGGGACAAAACCCGUACAUGUCGUACUUAAGCUGGACCAGAAUUUAUUUGUUCUUGCUGAAAGCAAAGAAAUCAAAGGGAUGUACCGAUUCCAUGACGUUUAUCAACAAAUGGCUGGACUGUCAAGACAGAAUGUGACAUGCCAAGUUUCAAAUGCAGCCCUUGAAACACCCUACGACGUGCAUGGCAUUCUCUGUAACGUAGAGAAAGGUAGCCCGCCCAUGUUAACAGUUCCUGAAUUCCUUGAUGGAGAAGGUUCGACAACAAUCUGUGAAGUGCAAAAUGCUAUCCCAGCUCCGGACAUAGAAAUACGCGUUGACACAAUUUUGCUAGCUGAUGUUCAACAAAUGGAUUCAUUUAAUAUAUCUUCUAAUACGUUUACAAGUCGUGCAAAGGCAAGAAAGACUAAUAAAAUGUGGAAUGGAAAACAAAUGUGUUGCACCAGGGAUAAUAAACAUGAUUUUGGUUUAACAGAAAUGUCAAUAUGCAUCCCCCGUCGGAUCUUUCCAUAUUCGUCAACAAAAUACAUAAAUAUAGCAACAAUGUUUCUGUCUGUUUUUUAA